GAUAUAGUAACAGUUUAGUACAUUACGUUUAAUCAUCAUCAUAACAUUUGCUUGUCUAGAAAAUAAGAAUUAAAUAAUAAAUAUACCUGAAAAUGUGUUUUCUACAGAAGUGAUUGUAGUGAUGGCCAUUUAAUCAAUCUGCAAAUUAUACGUUUAGCUUUUAUAAGCCCGGAAAAAUCGUGUUUUUUUUUUAAUCACAAGCUGUUUUAUAACAAACGAAAGGGAAAUGUGCAAUAAAAGCGGUUGCAUAUCGAAAAUAGAAGCUUAUUUGAAGAUCAGUGGAAAAAUGGAGUGGAGAACAUGUUGGAUGUUGCAUCUAAUGCUAAUAUUGAAAGUGGUCCACUUAUCGAUGCAAAUCAGCUACGAAUUCGAGAUUGAAGACGAAUCCAUCUACUCCGAAUGCAGCGACGUUCCACCCGGAACUCUCGACAUAAGUGGGCUCUUCGACUUGACCAAUUAUACCACCACAGCGACACCGGAUGGAAUAGCCGUGUCGGGAAACAUGACAUCCGUGUUUAAAGCCGAGCCAACGGAUCGCAUCGAGUUGACUGGAAACCUGCUCUAUUUCGACCGAGGUGCCUGGCAACCGACCACAUUGAAUAUGAUGGUGCGGGAUUUCUGCGCAGUUAUGUACGACAAAAAGCAGCUUUGGUACUCAGAUUGGUCCUCCCACGUUGCAAAUAGCGAUGAGAUCAAGGACAACUGCAUCAAGGUGCCCGGUGUAGGUAACAUAUCAAGGCCAUAUUUGCAUUGGGUAAUAUGUUUUGCUUUUCAGACUCUAUUCCUCAUAGAAACCUAUAACCUGAAGCUAGUUUUUGGCAGUGGCAUACCAUUAGGUACUGGCCGUUACAGCAUUCGCGUGCAGGUAUUUGCAUAUGACCAGAAGGGCAAAAAGCGUCCCAAUGAUGUCUGCUACGAAGUUAAAGGCAGUUUCUAUAAGAGAACCUAAAAACAUCGAUGUCCUGUGCAAAUCGAGGAAAUAUAUAUUAAAAAGAAAUAAAAUGUAAAAUUGUUG